UAUUUUUCGACGUGUCUGUCCUACUGCAUGAAAGUAAUCUCAAUUUUGUACAGACUUUUUACUCGAAACAUGGCCUGGAAAUCACACGGCAAGAGCCACGAGGACCUCAUUAACCAGCUCAGAUCAAAUGGUGUCCUCAAGAGCGACAGGGUUGAAGAAGCCCUGAAGAGGGUCGAUAGGAAAAACUACACUCGAUUAAAUCCAUUCAUGGAUUCUCCACAGCCGAUAGGUUUCCAGGCCACCAUAAGUGCUCCGCAUAUGCACUGUUACGCACUUCAAAUCCUUGAGGAUCACUUAAAAGAGGGAUCUACAGCUCUUGAUGUGGGUAGCGGCAGUGGAUACCUGACAGCUGCCAUGGCAUACAUGGUUGGUCCAUCAGGUAAAGUUUAUGGRGUAGACCACAUGGAGCAGUUAGUCAAUGAAGCAACAGCUAACAUCAAAAAGGGGAACAGUGAGCUUUUAGAAAGUAAAAGAGUUGAAAUUAUCAAGGGUGAUGGUCGCAAAGGAUAUYCCCAAGGUGCUCCAUUUGAUGCAAUACAUGUUGGUGCAGCAGCUCCUGUGCUUCCAGAAGACCUUGUAGAACAAUUAAAACCAGGGGGGAGACUUAUCAUYCCCGUCGGACCUGAAGGUCGCAACCAGACUUUGGAACAAUAUGACAAAACAGCUGAAGGAGAAGUGGUUAAAAAGAAACUYAUGGGAGUAAUUUAUGUCCCGUUAUGUGACAAAAAUGAACAAUGGCCAGGUAUAUUCAAGACUUAAAGUACUGUGGAAUCAUAUAAAAAUCACAUAAUAACUUCAUAAAUCAAAAUGAUUAUGUACAAUGGGUAGGAGUGUUUUACAGUUUUAGUUGCAACCACAAUUGACUUGCAAAAAGAAAUGAAUCUAAUAUUUUGAUCUAGCAUACUUUAAAAUAAUGAAAUGAAAAAAUCCAAAUUGGUGAUUAGUUAAUGAUUUUAGUUCUGUAGGCUUUUUCAAAAAUGUGAGCAUUUAGUCUUUAUGAUCAGCGGUUUUCUACCGUUAUGACGUCAUGUGGAUUUGGUGAAGUGCAUCAUGACAAGUUACAAGAAGACUGCUGUUUUGUAACAAYUAUGAAUAAUGUCAAAGUAUCUUUGAAAAAGGUCGUUCAUUUUCGAGGAUAUUUUAGGAACAAUACUUGACGUUAGUUUUAGUAACGCUUAUUUUUUGGCUGAGAGGAAGGUCGCUUCAGAUGAUAUUAAUUUCAAUCCCAUAAUGCAUUGCAUUGGAAAAGUUUGUUAGUUUUUGCAACUGAGGCGAAAUCUGUUGUAUGUGGUUGCAAUUGACUUAGACAGGGGAGUGUUUCAAAGUUUACAGCCCCAAAAAACUCUUGAAAGAAAAGAGUUAAUAUUACAGCAUUUCGUUUAAAAACGAAAUAAAUAGAUGCUCUUUAGAAAAACGAAAAAAAAACAGUUAUUAAGUAGAGAAAGACAUACUUUUUAUUAUAUUUUUAUUUUGUUUUUUGUUGUUUUUUUUCUGAUAGAGAUACAGUGUAUUUAGAAAUAAGGUCGAGUAACUUAAACAAACUGGAUGAUAUUGUUACUAACAAAUGUAAGCAGCCGUUGACUUUUCUUUGAAAUAUCUGUAGAUCAGCUAAUAUAUAGAAUCAGUGAAGUAGUUGUAUGAUUAUACAUGUUGAUUAUUGAAAUAUUAUUUUUCUUUAUUUUCUGUUUUCCGUUUCUAUAAUUUAUCUGAUAAAAUAGUACGUAGAAAAUGCCUAUUUAGAGUGUAAAACACGAUAUAUGAUUUGAAGUGA